UCUAAUACUGAUUGCAUCCCUCUAAAAAAAAUUGACAGCAAAACUGCGUGUGAAAAAACACAACGUUUCCUCGUACCUUUCGGGCGUUAUUACUCGAGUGGAAAAGCGCGCGUUACCGAACUGAGUGUGACCCUAAAGUCGGCAAAAUGUUAUAAAAAUCACCGUUCUAUUUCCACUGCUCUAAAUAACACACACAGAGGCACGCACACACGCGCGCCGCCGAGUGUCAACAGCUGCCCUGGCAAAAAAAUGUCGGACAUUAACGAUGACCUGCUCAACUACGAGCUGGGCGACGACAUCGAUGACCAGGCCUUGCUCGGCGCCGACGAGGAUGAGUUGCUACUCUCGGACGAAGAGCUCGAAAAGGAUGUCACCAGCGAGGUGAAGCAGCAAAUGCGUGCCGAGGCCGAGGAGUGGGCCCAGGAGCAGAUUCGCCAGCACGAGCGCAAGCACAAGGAACAGUUGCAGGCCCAAGGAUCAGCAGCGGCAACUGCAGCGUCAGCUCCAGCUCCAGCUAUGCCAGCCCCAGCUGAGGUGGUGCCUCCUUCAAAGGUUUACCCAGCAGAGUCCACUCCGGCCCCGGCCCCAGCUCCUGUCCCAGCGGCGGCUGCUGCUGCUGCUCCUCUUCCUGCUGCUGCUGCUGCUGCUGCAAACACUGCAGUCAUUCAGUCCACGGUACAGAAACCUAUUGAAGCACCUGCUGCCGCAGCGGAGCAGCCAGCAGUGGACGAGAUAAUGGCAACAGUCACCCAUGACACCUCGAACUCGGAUCUGCCGGUCCAGCAGCCAAAAGAGGAGGCGUCGCCGCCCGCUGACAGUGCCGACAAAGAAGCCGCUUCCCAGAACAAUGGCAACGAAGGAGGCGAGGAGGCAGCCGAGAACUCGGGCAACCAGAGCGAGGGCGAGCAGGGAUUGGGCUUGUGCUCACUGCUGGCCUCCUCACAGGAGAGCCUGCCCAGUGCCAGCUCCGCCUCUGUGAUCUCAGAGCUGCCCGAUCCACGCGAGGACGAGGAAGAGCGCGAGGAGCGCACCAAUUACAAGACGGCCAGCGAACGGGCCGAAAAUAAUAUGAGGCAGCAACAGGAACACGCACACAUGUCGCCCUACCAGCACCAGCAGAGGCGACACCAUGGAGGCCAUGGAGACAAACCUCGCGUGGGCGGAGGUGGACGCUUUAUGCAUGGUCAGCAACAGCAGCAGAAUCAAAUGGGCAAGCCGCCGCGCGGGAUUGGAACACGCCACCAUCUGCUACGCAAUCCCUCGCCAAUGUUUGGCGUCCAGCAGCAGCAGCAGCGCAUGGGCAUGGCCGGAAUGCAGCCGCCGCCCCAGCGAUACGGCAUGCCGGGUAAUGCUCCACCACCACCAACGCAGCACCUGGCUCUGAUGAGCACGCCAGUGGGUGCUGCGCCCACCGCCGCCUGUCUCCUCCCACUAACCGUUCCCGUAUCCCCGCUCACCCUAUCAAUACCACAAGCCCAUCCAAGCCAUCCAAACCAUCCAAGCCAUCCAAACCAUCCAAGCCAUCCCAGCCAUCCGAGCCAUCCAAAUCAUCAAGCCCAUCAACAACAACAGCAACAGCAAACACUGAACAAUCCGACAUUCAUUCCAAUUCCAGGCCAGUAUCCGCCAACUCAGCCACCCAACCAGUCACCACAACAAGCACCGCCCAACACACAACAGCCACACAGCGCUCCCGCCUCUCCCCUCCACACUCCCACGCAUUCGCACAUGAUGCACCACAGUCACAACCCGAACGGAGGCGUGCCGCCGCACCUGCUGCCGCAUCCGCACGAGCAGGUGCGUGUGGGUCUGCUGCAGCCACCGCCGCUGGCGUAUGCCCCCAAUCCAGGCAGCUAUCGGAACGGAGCGCUUCUGGGUCCGGGACCAGGACCAGGACCAGGGCCACAUCAGCCACACCAGUCGCCGCACCAGCAGCAGUCGGGCAUGCGCCCACCGCUCUACCGCAACGCCCCGCCCUCGUACGGUUACGAUCAGGGUCAGGGCCAUCCGGCCCAGCAUCCGCCGCAGUUCAUGCGGCCGCACAAUGGCUGGCGACCGCAGGGCGACAAUACGCGCAUGCAGCGGCCACCAUUGCAGACACUGCCGCUGCACAUGAUGCCCGGCGCCCCGCCAAACUACGUCAAUGGCAUGGGCAUGCGUGGUCCGCCACCCCAACAGUCACAGCAGCAGCAGCAGCAGCAGCAACAGCAACAACAGGCAGCGCCGCAGCAAGCGGGACAUCCUUCACAGCAGCUUGGCAAUUCCGGUCAGCAGCAACAGCCGCCGCAGCCGCCGCAGCCGAAUGGACCGCAACAGCAACAGCAACAGCAGCAGCAGCAGGGUGCGUCAUCGGUGCCGCGGGUCAGCAAGGUGCUCAUCAAUCCGAAUUUCAAGGGCGGAGUCGAGGCGGCCACCAAUAAGUUCAUCAAGGAGACCCACUUUAUGCCGGCCAUUAACAGCGAGGCCGAACUGUUGCGCCAGCAGGAGGAGUUCAUCAACAAGAACCGGCAGUACUUUGAGAAGCGACGCAUGGAACGUUCGCCCCCGUCGGCAGGUUCCGGAGGUUCGGCAGCCAUCUCCUCUGGCCAGGCAGGCGAGCGGCGGCGUACCCGCAGCCGCAGUCGCUCGCGGGGUCGCAGCUACUCGCCGGUGAAGCGGAUGGAAAGGGAACGCGAUCGGGAGCGAGAGCGCGAGCGGGAUCGGGAAAGGGAGCGGGAUCGAGAGCGAGAACGUGAACGAUAUGGUGUUAAUCGAGGGCCAGCAAACCGGGGAUUCCGACGAGCGUCUAGCCGGGAUCGGGAUGAGAAUCGUGGCGGAGCGGGCAUUGGCAGUGGCGGUGGCAGUGGCCCAGGAGCGGGCGGAGUGGCAACCGGCGGUGCGGCGCCUCCCAAGCGACGAAGGAGCGGCUCGGCCGGAACGGGCACCGCCCGGAAUCCAUUUUCCGGCGAACCACGUGGCCGACCCUCGGAAACAGGCACACGCAGCAUGCCAAGCGACGAGGACGAGGAGACACGAAACUACCGUCUGGAGAUCGAGAAGCAGAAGCAACUGCGCGAGAAGAUUAUGCGCGACAAGGAGCUAAAGCGUCGGCGCGCGGCCGAGGAGAAACUGCACGAGGAAAAGCGCGCCGAGCAGCACAAUUCGCCAGCUCGCGACGACCAGGAGGCGGCUGCCGGACAAGGAUCUGCAGUGUCGGCCGGAGGCGCUGCGCAAAAGCAGCGUCCUAGCCAGCCAGCGCAAGGCGAGCGCAAGGUGAUCUCGUUGAAGCGACGCGAUGACCAGGAUGUGGGCAACCUGCGCAACAGGCAAACGCCGUCGCACUCCCAAUCGUCGCAGUCCAAUGCUCAGUCAAACCAAGGCCAACAGCAGCACCAGCAGCAGCAGCAGCAUCCGGCGCGUAAGCAACUAACGGCGGCAAAAAUAGCGCCAGAGGCCAAGCGCAGCAUAACCGAGCACCUGGCUCCCUCCGCCAAGCAGCAGCAGCAGCAUCAUCAUCAGCAGGCGAUUACGGCGAUGCCGGGCAGAAAUAUGGGGGGAAACGGAGGCGGUGGAGCAGGAGCGGUGACUGCUGGUGGCACUCCGCCCAAGCCACGCGAUAUGCUCCGCCUGGGCACGCCCAGUGACGAUGAGGUGGAACUGGAUUAUGAUGACGAUGACCUGCUGCUGGACGAGGAGGAUCGUCUGUUGGCCACACCAUCGCCGCCGCCGUCACAAAAGGCGAUGAGCAGCAAGCGGUCGGCCACGCCGGAAUUGUUGGUAGUCAAGCGGAACCACAAGGUGAUGCGCGGUGGCGGUGGCGGCGGCGGUGGCAGCUCGUCAUCGGCGCACAGCUUUAGCUCCAGCCAGCGGCGGGUGGUACUGAAGCCCACCAGCAAUGGCAGCAGCGGUGGAGAUCAGCAGCAACAGCAGCAGCAUCAGCAGCAGCAUUCAUCGCAUGGCGGCAGGCAGCGGGAAAGGAGGCAGCGGGAGGAGAACGCAAUGCAGCGGAAAGGUGGCGCAGGAGGUGGAGGAGGAGGAGGAGGAGGAGGAGGAGGUGGAAGCGGCAAUGCGGGAACUGGAGGAGGGAUAUUCGAUCGGCUGGAGAAGCGACAGGCGUCGUCGGGUGGAAGCAGCGCUGGAGGCGGCGGGAGCAGCCACAAGCAGCGCUCCAAGGCGCCCGCCCGCAUCGUACUCAAGCAUGAUUGAUAGUAAGAAGGAUAUAUCUAGUUUAAGCUUAAAGUUUUUAUAUCGACUAUCUAUAUAUUGUGGAUAAGCGAUAAGUGACGUUGAGCGGGCGUAGCAAAGUAAGCAGAACUUUAGUUUUAAGUUAUAAAGUUGCAACUUGUUGAUCUGUAGACUUGUAUACCCAACGUCUAUAUAAAUAGCGCUUUUUAUAUAUAUAUAUAUAUAUAUAUAUAUAUGUGUAUGAGAAUGUAUUUGGUGAAUAGGAGUGUGUCCGGUGUCCGCAUCACACUCCAUCCGGUAUACAUAUAUAUAUAUAUAUAUAUAUAUUUAUUUAGCUGUAAGUGUAUAAAUCGUAUCAAUGACUAAAACGUGCUUCGUUUUCUUAACCGCAAUUUGUAUUUAAAAUUUAAAUUUAAGCGGGAUGCUUAAAGCUUGACCUGGACAACAAAAGAAAUACCACAACGAUAGCAACAAACCCAGAACCCAAUUGCAAUUUAAUGUGCAUGCAUAUAGCCUAUGUAAUCAAUUCAAAUAUAUAUUUACACAAUUAUAUACACAUAUAUUUAUAAAUACUUCAACUUAGUUUUAAGCAAAUGAGCUGAGCGUCUUAUUUUUUUUUUUUCGAUGACAGUUCUUAAAGAUUAUGUUGAAAGUAAAGCAGAUAGACAUAAAAAAAAAACAAAAAACAAAAAAAAAAAACACAUUUAUAAGCGCAAAUGCUUCUGAGGAAUUUACCUUGUAUUUAAAUUAUGAACCUAACGCAGAUAUUUUUUAUGAACUAUUUUUUAAAUUGUGUCCCGUUGUUUGUACAUGAAAUUGAUUGUCUGUCCCAUUGUGUUCUUCUUUAUAACUUUAUAACUAAUAUUAACCAUAUACAAAACUAUGUUUGCUUGUGAACUAGUUUAACUAAUAAACUUGAAAUACUGUAGCAUAUUACGUAUAUGUACACAAAAAGCAAUACCAUAAUGGCCUGAGAAAACGCAGACACAUAGAAUGGUACCGAUGAAUGGGAAUGCAGAAUGAUGAUCAAACCAUACAAAAGCAUAGCAUAUAAAAUUACAAAAAAAAAAAAAUACCCUACACCACACACGGGCCAGUUCAAGAGUAAUAAUGAGCGGAAUGAAAUUUUUGUAGGGUGUACCGCAUAGAUCAUUGAAUAUAUGAUAGCUUUUAAGUUACUGUACAUACCACACACAAUAUUCGCUUAACAACAUGUAUGUAAACGUACCACACUCCCCUUAAUGUUCACAUUACGGGGAAAAUGAACCCUUUGAUAGAUGAUAAAACCUAUCCGAUCUAGAACAACAGCCAUAAGUCCAUUUAGAAUAUUCGUAUCUGAAAUAAUGUGAAACGCCUAGGGUAAUGAGAUUGUUAAAUUAUUACCACUCCUACUAAAAGAUACAUACUUAAAUCCUCGAAAGAUCUGCAAGAAUAUAUAUGCAAUUGUGCAACAACAUAUUUAGCUAACGUUGUACUAUGCAAUUUUUUUUCAGAUAAGAAUAAUUAUAUCCAGAAGUUCUAUUGUAUUAAUAAGCUCAUUUAUAUGUUAAUAUGAGUCAUUUGUGUUGUAACAAAAGUGUAAGCUUAAUAGAUAAUGUAAAGGCAAACGCAAAGGCAAAGGCCAGGCAGAGAAAUAUAGCAAACCUUUAUGACAUGAAAUGUACUAAAACCGCUCUAUUAUAAUCUAAUUGAAUCGAUUCGAAUCCCAAUGCACAUGCAUCAGAUUUGGUCCAAGCGACCAAGUUCAUACUUGAGCUUGACUUUGCAUCAUGGUAAUUGUAACUUUUAUUCACGUGACAACACAGAUAUAUAUUAAUAUAACUAUUUAUGUGGCAAAAGGUCCUGCAUUGCCCCAAACCUGUAUUUGUUGAGGGUCGUAACGCUAGAAAAUGAUAAGAUUUAAAUGGAAGCGCAUAAAAAGUCGUAUAUGCAUAGGUAUACGUACGUAUAACUCUAGUAAUCGUAAUGCUACACAAUAUGGAUAAUAUAUGGACUAAUAAAAAAACAAUUAUACUACGUGCACACAUACAAGCGUGCGGCAGCAUAACUGUAUAAAAACA